AUGGGUCAUACAUGGAAAGGCUCACUGGUCCUUGAGACAAUCAAUGUCAACUAUCGUGGAGAUCAAUGGCUCCAAGUCCUCACUGAUGGGUCAUACAUAGAAAACCAAACAAACGUUGGUGCAGGUGUCUAUUCUGAGCUCUUCUCUAUCUACGCAGCAUCGGGACAACAUAGAUCCGCUUUUGAAGGAGAAAUAGAGGCCAUUAGGAUAGCACUAUGCCAUUUAUGUCGCCUGGAUACAAAAUUCACCUAA